GAGCCGGCGGAGGGUGGAGGCACGGCGGGGACGCGUCCGAGGCCGUUGCGGCCCUCCCCGACCUCGAGCACGGCCAGGGUCCCGCAAGUCCAGGUGGCUUGAAAAUCAAUUCAGAUCAAGCACUCAGUCAAUUAAUCACAACACUUAGAUUGCAGCAGCUGCUGAAAAUGGCUGCCAGUUCCUGGAAACUUUGGAGGAAGGGGACGGGGCUGGCGGAGGAAAAAGAGGAGCCCUUGGAAUGUAUCGGGAGGCAGCUGGGCGAGUCGGGAAAGUUUGCGUACACCGCUCUCUGCGGACUGUCCUUGGCAUCGCUGUUUCCCGAGCCAGAGGAAAGCUCCUACCGGCAGGCAGUCGUGGAGGCCCUGGUUGAAUGGCUGCAGCUCCCGGAAGGGGUUUUGCCGGUCAUGCAGGCCUUUGCAGGCGGCUUGGGAGGCGAAGGGACGGAGACCUUUGCCCAGAUCCUGCUGAAGGAGCCUCUCCUGAAAGACGACGCCAGGGCCAUCACGCAGGAUCUCGUGUCCUUCUCUCUCAAGGACGGACACUACGACGCGCGCAUGAGGGUGCUUCUCUCCCACGUCACCCAGCUGCUGAAGAUCCCACUGGAGGAACUGGAGGCCUCUGAGGAGCACCUCCUUGAAUGUCUGAACGAGGAACAAGAGGAGGAAUCCGAGACGGCGGAGGCCCUGCGGAAGAAGAAGGAGAGGAGGAAGAAGCUGAAGAGGUACCUGCUGAUCGGACUGGCCACCGUCGGAGGAGGGACGGUGAUCGGUCUGACCGGGGGCCUGGCUGCCCCCCUGGUGGCCACGGGAGCGGCCGCCGUCAUCGGGAGCGCCGGCGCGGCUGCCCUGGGAUCUGCGGCUGGGAUCGCGGUCAUGGCCUCUCUGUUCGGAGCCGCUGGGGCAGGGCUCACGGGGUACAAAAUGAAGAAGCGCGUGGGCGCCAUAGAAGAGUUUGAGUUCCUGCCCUUGACGGAAGGCAAGCAGCUCCACAUCGCCAUCGCCGUCACGGGCUGGCUCUCCCCCGGCAAAUAUGGGAGCUUCGUGACACCGUGGGGCAGCUUGCUGCAGUCCAGGGAGCAGUACUGCUUGGCCUGGGAGUCGAAAUACCUGGUGGAGCUCGGCAACGCAUUCAACACCCUGCUGAAUGGCUUAGUUAACGUUGUCGGUCAAGAAGCGCUGAAAUACACCGUUCUGUCGGGCAUCGUCACGGCCCUGGCCCUGCCUGCGUCGCUGCUCACAGUCGCCAGCGUGAUCGAUAACCCCUGGGGGGUUUGCCUCCACCGCUCCGCGGAAGUCGGCAAGCACCUGGCCCAGAUACUGCUCGGCCGGCAUCAGGGCAGGCGGCCGGUCACCUUGGUGGGCUUCAGCCUCGGCGCCCGGGUCAUCUACUUCUGCCUGCAGGAGAUGGCCAAGGAGGAAGAUUGCAGAGGGAUCGUGGAGGACGUGGUCCUGCUGGGCGCGCCGGUCGAGGGGGACGCCACGUGUUGGAAGCCGAUCACGAAGGUCGUCUCGGGCAAGAUCGUCAACGGCUACUGUCGGGGGGACUGGCUGCUGAGCCUCGUCUACAGAACGUCCUCUGCCCAGCUCAACGUUGCUGGGCUCCAGCCCGUUAACCUGGACGACAGGCGGAUGGUGAACGUGGAUCUCUCCUCGGUCGUGAGCGGCCACCUGGACUACAUGAAGCAGAUGGACACCAUCCUGAAGGCGGUGGGCCUCAGGACCAAGCCGUGCCGCGCGGAGGAGUGGGGGAACCUCGCCGCGCUCCCGGCCAAGGCCGAGGCCGGCCCAGAGCCAGCCCGGGCCAGCCGUGCCCCGCAGGAGGAGCGAGCCGCGCCGGACAGGGAGGAGCGCCAGGACAGCGGCAGAGAGAGCUCUGCCGGCAGCGAGGACCACUGGGCGUGGGAGCCGGUCAGCCACGGGCAGGGCCGGGGAGACCGGGGCCAGAGCGAGCUCUCCGAGGCCGGGCCGUGAGCGAGGCCCCACCGCCUGCAGGACUUGCCGGAUCGACUGACCGCGGCACCCGCCCCGAGGCCGAGGCAGAGCCCUCGCUUGCCCCGGCACGGCACCUGCCCGGCCCUCACCGCCUGGGAGCCUCUCCCUUCCGUGGGAGAACAUCCGAGGAGACCUGCUGGGGAGACUGCCCCACAUUCUGGCAUUUUUCCUGGGCUGCCAGGAGGCUGCUCUCCCACCCCCUGCUCUCGGAGGGGUCGCCUUCAUGGCCCCGCGGGUAUUCCUUGCGUCCUUCUCGCUCUGGAGAACGGGCGCCGAAAAGCAUCUCCCGGCUCCCAGGCAGCUGCACUCGUGCUGUCUGCACCCGGGCAGGGGCUGUCUGCAAAACGGGUGGACAGUCUCAGACUGGCAAGAAACACAGGCCAGCGAAAGGAAGCGCUCGCACUGGGGCAGCGGUUUGGAAGGUCCAAUCCCACGGUGGGCAAGCCCAAGACGGGACCAAAGACCACACGCCCUGGGGCUGGGCGGUGUGUGGUUUCGCACUGUUUUUAUUUCCACUGAAAGUGCUCUGGGCCAGUAAUUCAGCCUUGGCCGAGGCCGUCUUGUCUCCCGCGAGAGGUUUGGGGGGCUGCCCCACAGCUGGCGAGCCAGCAGGAGAGGCGCAGGUGCCAGAAAAGGGCAGGACCCAAAGACCUCCUGGCCCCCUGGGGGACCCCGGACGGCUGGGAUGCUCCUCGGCCACAGUUCCCAACCCGUGUGCAGCUGAAUAAAACCUACUGAAUUAUUCCAGGCAUGCGCUCCCCCAAAAAAGGUGUGGGGCUGAUCCGGGGGGCAGAGCUGGUGCCCCGAUCAGAAGCCCUUUCUCCCCUUUCACCACCCCCAGGGAGUGAAAGGCUGGCAGUAAACUCUGUUGCAGUUGGCUAAGAGAGGUGGCCCCGGAUUUCUUGGCCGUUUCCUUGCUCUUGGCAACCAAAAAGGACGAGAGUUUUCUCGGCAGUGGGGGCAUCCGGCACCGUUGAAGCAUUUGACGUUCUUGCAAGAAAGCCCCGUUCCCGUCCGCCCAGCCUGGCCUGCUCUGGAGCUGAACCCGUUUCGUGACUCAUAAAACUGCGAGGAGCCGGGCAUCAGGGGAAUGUGCAAGCAGGAAGCAUUCAUCGUGUGUCCACUGGGAAAUAAUAAUUAAAAAGGAGGAUCGCGCUC